UCUCAUUCCAGCAUCAGUCGCGCAUCAUGGAUCUGCGGGGCUCACACACUAUUGGAAUGAUUUUACCGCUGUAUCUCAUCUUUUACUUCAUCACGGGCUCGAUCAGCAAAGAGAGCUGCGAUUCUCCGCUGGUUUCCGCUCUGCCUCAGUCGGCCUUCACGAGUUCAUCAGAGCUGUCCAACAGUCACGGGCCGGGCUUCGCCAAACUCAACCGCAGAGACGGUGCCGGAGGCUGGUCUCCGCUGGACUCUAAUAAGUACCAGUGGCUGGAAAUCAAGCUGGAGCAGCGGACGGAGAUUACAGCCAUCGCCACCCAGGGCCGCUACGGCAGCUCUGAUUGGGUCACGCGCUACCUCCUCAUGUUCAGUGACACGGGCCAUAAUUGGAGGCCGUACCGACAGGAAGACAGCAUCGGGGCUUUCUCUGGGAACUCGAACGCUGACAGUGUGGUGAUGUACAAACUCCAGCAGCCCGUCAUCGCUCAGUACGUCCGAAUACUGCCGCUCGACUGGAAUCCCAACGGCAGGAUCGGACUGAGACUGGAGGCCUACGGCUGCCGAUACAAGUCUGAUGUGGCCAGUUUUGAUGGCAGCACUCACUUGAUCUUCAGGCCGGAUCCCAGCGCCAGUCCAGCAGUCAAAGAUGUGUUAUCCAUGAACUUCAAAACCCUACUGAACUCCGGGAUGCUGGUUCACAUGGAGGACCACAGUGGACACGCGCUCACUCUGGAGCUAUUCAGAGGAAAACUCCUGCUGCAGCUCAGAAAAGGCCGGGGCUCGUCGACUGAUUUCCACCCUCUGGUGUCUCUGGGCAGUCUGCUGGACGACCAGCACUGGCAUCACGUCAGCGUGGAGCGGGUUCGAGGACUCGUCAACUUCACCGUGGACAAAAACACCCAGCAGUUCCAGCUGCCCGAGUCCUGGAGUCACUCUGAGAUUAACGAGAUCAGUUUUGGUGGAACGUCAGCGGCUGGUCUCCAGAAAUCGCACUCCGGAAGAAACUUCCACGGCUGCUUGGAAAACGUGCUUUACAACGAGAUCAGCGUGAUCGAUGAAGCCAAAGAGCAGCAGGUCUCCAUCACAGGGAACGUCAGCUUUACAUGCACCGAAUCCAUAGACGUGCCGGUGACUUUCGCCAGUCCUGGAAGUUUCCUCGCUUUGCCGUGGGUCUCCGCUGGAGAAAGCGUGUCGGCCGGUCUGCAGUUCAGGACGUGGAACAAAGCGGGCCUGCUGAUGACCUUUGACCUGCAGCAUAACGCCGGGACGCUGUGGCUCUAUCUGAGCGAGGCCAGAGCGCGACUGCAGAUCCAUAAAAGCGGCCGGAUCAUGACAGACGUCACCGCAGGUGCCAGUCUAAAUGAUGGUCAGUGGCACUCGCUGGAGCUGGUUGUCCGUCGAGGACGUCUCGCAGUCACCCUGGACAAAAGCGACAGCUCUACAGCGUCCACUUCCUUCCCUGUCGUGCCUGACAGCCAGCUAUUCUUAGGAGGAUGUCCGGACACCGAAGACGGCAGCGGCUGCAGAAACCCGUUCAGUGUUUUCCAAGGAUGCAUGCGUCUCAUCCGGAUGGAUGGCGCUCUAGUGGAUCUCAUCAGAGUGCAGCAGAUGUUGUUUGGGAAUUUUAGCGAUCUACAGAUGGACAUGUGUGGGAUCGUCGACAGAUGCUCCCCGAGUCGUUGCGAACACGGAGGGAGAUGCUCGCAGUCGUGGAGCACGUUUCACUGCAACUGUUCUGCCACGGGCUACAGCGGAGCGACCUGCCACAGCUCUAUUUACGAAGCUUCGUGUGAGGCGUACAAACACAAAGGAAACACGUCUGGCUUUUACUACAUCGACGUGGAUGGAAGCGGUCCCAUCAAACCUCAACUAAUCUACUGCAACAUGUCAGAUAAAGCAUGGAUGGUGAUCCAACAUAAUAACACGGAGCUCACCAAAUUAAAAACGUCCUCUGGGAUAAAUCAGCAUUUAGCCCACUUUAACUAUUCCGCCGACGCGGAGCAGAUCCAGGCGAUAAUUACCCAGGCGGAGUACUGCGAGCAGGAGCUCUCCUACCACUGCAAAAAGUCACGCCUCUUGAACACACCAGACGGUGCCCCGUUCAGCUGGUGGGUGGGCGGGUCGGGCGAGGCGCACAUGUACUGGGGCGGCGCGGUGCCGGGCAGUCAGCAGUGCGCCUGUGGCCUGCAGGAGAACUGCGUGCAUCCCGAACACUUCUGCAACUGUGACGCAGACAGCAAAGAAUGGUCGAAUGACUCGGGGCUGCUGUCCCAUAAAGAGCAUUUGCCGGUGCGAGCGCUGGCUGUGGGUGACAUCAACAGAUCGGGUUCGGAAGCGGCCUACAGAGUGGGCCCCCUGCAGUGUUACGGUGACAAUAACUUCUGGAACGCUGCCUACUUCAACAAGGAGACGUCCUACCUGCACUUUCCCACGUUCCACGGGGAGCUGAGCGCCGAUAUCUCCUUCCUGUUUAAGACCAGCUCUUCAUCAGGAGUGUUUCUGGAAAACCUGGGGAUCAAAGACUUCAUCCGGAUCGAACUGAGCUCGCCGACUCAAGUGCUCUUCUCGUUCGAUGUGGGGAACGGGCCUUUGGAGGUGAAGGUGGAGACGCCGGCGGCUCUGAACGACGAGCGCUGGCAUCACGUGAGAGCCGAGCGCAACGUCAAGGAGGCCUCGCUGUACGUGGACCAUCAUCCCGGCGCCGUUCAGAAAGCUCCCGCUGACGGACACAUUCAUCUGCAGCUCAACAGCCAGUUGUAUGUAGGAGGAACAGCUUCCAGACAGAAGGGCUUCCUGGGCUGCAUUCGCUCGCUCAAGCUGAACGGGAAGACUCUGAAUCUGGAGGAGCGGGCGGAGAUCACGCCCGGAGUGACGCCCGGAUGCCCCGGACACUGCAGCAGCUACGGCGGCCUGUGCCAGAAUCACGGCACCUGUGUGGAGAAUCACAGCGGCUUCACCUGCGACUGCAGCGCCUCGCCCUUCACCGGCACCUUCUGCCAUAAAGACGUUUCAGCCUUCUUCAAACCCGGAACGUCAGUCGCAUACACGUUCAAAGAGCCGUACGAGCUGAACAGGAACGUCAGCGCGCAGUCGUCCUCCAUCUACUCCGAUUUAACGCUGAGAGGAGAGAACGUUUCGCUGAGCUUCAGGACGAGCCAAGCGCCGGCGCUGCUGCUUUAUGUCAACUCAUACUACAGAGAGUUCCUCGCCGUCCUCCUCAACAGAAACGGACAUUUGGACGUCAAGUACAAACUGCAGCACAGCAGAGACGCAGAGGUUUUCCGAGCCAGCGCCAGGAAUCUGGCCAACGGGCAGCUCCACCGCGUGAGCGUCCAGAGACUGGCGGAGACGCUCAGUAUUCAGGUUGAUCAGCAUGCGAAGGAGUAUUUCAAUCUAACAACGGACACAGAAUUCAAUGCCAUCAAAUCAAUUGUCUUGGGAAAAGUGAGCGAAUCAGGUGAAGUGGAUCCAGAAAUCGCCCGUCUGAACGCUCUGGGCUUCACAGGCUGUUUGUCUGUGGUCCAGUUUAACUCCAUCUCUCCGCUGAAGGCGGCUCUGCUGUAUCCAGACACCAGUCCUGUCAUAGUCACCGGACCGCUGACCGAAUCCAGCUGUGGCUCGUCUUUACCGUCCAACCCCUACGCAGCUGAGACCACUCAUUCCCUCACAGAUCAUGUGGGUACAGUAGGUACGGGUGAGCCCAUAGUCAAUGCUAUCAACAGCGACUCGGCUUUGAUCGGAGGUGUCAUUGCCGUCGUGAUAUUUGUGAGUCUGGCCGCGCUGGCUGUGAUGGCUCGAUUCCUGUACCGGCGAAAAGAAACGUUUCAAACCCAAGAGCCCAAAGCGGGAAAAACAGACGACAGUCCCGAAACGCCCUUUAACACGGAUCCAAACUCACAGAGCAUUAUCAGUGACAACCAAAAAGAGUAUUUCAUAUGACGCUCUUUCACCUCGCAUCGGACUAAUCCAGUUAAACCGGCGGACUGAAAUGCCUCGUCGAGUCUAGGGACAUUAACAUUCACGGUGGAUUAUGGGAAACCGUCCGAAAGACUGGGGCUGUAGAAGAGGAGCGUGCGCUCCCUCCGUUUUUGCCCUUUUUGUACAUAAAACAGUUAUUGUCCAGAGAUUUGGCACAAUAGUACGGUUUCUAAGGUGUGUAUAAUGACAUUCAUUGGUUGUAAAUAUUCUUUUGAAAUGAAACUUUGUAACGUCACCUUCUCCUUUUGCCUUCGAACGAUUCAGUGCUCAGUAUUACGUUUAACGGAGUUAAAGAAGCGAUCGUUGUGUAACUAAAUCAAAAUAAAUGUGUGAGUCGGCGAGUGCGAUGUUGUUGUGAAUACAUGCAGUCAUGCAAAAGACUUCAGAUUUUGCGGAAAAGGCUGUACGCUCCGUAUUUAUCACUCUUUGCCCGUGCUUUUCUCAAUGAUUUGCCAUUUGAAACAAAAAAUACAUCCUAUGACAGUUGUUUAUUGUGGACAACUUGUGUCUCUGGUCUUUAUUGUCUCGUAAUAACAUUGCUUUCACUACUCAUUUAUUCACGUAUUUCCAUUCCAUUUUAUAAGCGAAACAUUAAAAAUGGACAAACAGCAUUAAGAAAGUGCAUUCU